GAAUUCUCUAGAGACGAAUGCGAUCGGCGUAGUAGACAUUGGGAGAGAGAGAGAGAGAGGAGGAGGAGAGAAGGCCUUCCAAAUUUCCCUUUUCUUUAUCUCCUUCUCUUCAAAUCUACAGCUUUUUGUUUUUCCUUCUCAACUUCGACCUUUCGAGAAUGACUCGCGGUAAUCAGAGAGAACGUGAUCGUGAAAGGGCGCAGGCCAGGAAGCAACAGGCCAAGGGCAAAGAUGAUGGCUUGACCCCUGAGCAACGCCGAGAAAGGGAUGCAAAGGCACUUCAAGAGAAGGCGGCGAAGAAAGCAGGACAAUCUACUUCUAGUGGCGGUGAUGCAAGUAAAGGCACCAAGUAGCAGAAUGUCAUCUUGUUAAUUGAAUGAUGGAGGUAGAGCUUUUAGGGUUUUAUUUUCUCGUUGUUGUAUGUGGUGGGAGUGUCAAGGAUUAUGGUCUGUCUAUGUUGAUGAUCUCUUCAAUUUCGGACAUAAUUUAUAUUUCUCUGUCGUACAACUUGGUUGGCUGUCUAUGGCUUCUUAAUCUGUCCCUUUCUUGAAUUCCAUUGAUUGAGCCAGACCUUGCCAUCUGUUUCUGCGAACUUCUUAUGGUUCUGGUUUGCUUUUGUGGGAUCUGAAUCCAAAAUAUUGGUUACGGUUUACCUGUGCUUUACCUUCUAUGUAGUUGUUUUCUACCCGUUUGUAUUGAA